UGUGCUCGGGUCUGAGCAGCUGACCCAGCUGGACUGAUCUUUCAGAAGCUUUUAAAUAUUAUAAAUUAUAAAUAAACAUUUUUUUCCUGUGAGAUUAAAAUAACCUGUCUGUGCUGUGGGGAUGUAUCAUCUCCUCCUCCUGCUCGCUCCUCUGCUGUCUCACUGCUCAGGAGACUCCUUGGUGCAUGGUCCUCCAGAGACGGUCCUGGCGAUUGCAGGCGGCGUUGUCAUUCUGCCCUGCAGCUUCAACAUCACGCCCAGCGGGGACUUUCCGACAGUCGAGUGGUCCAAGGAAGGCCUGGAGCCCAACAUGGUUUUCUUGUACCGCGAUGGCUGCGAGGUCCCUGAGAUGAAGGACCAGGCCUUCUGGUACAGGACCAGCCUCAUCUCCAAGGAACUGCAGAACGGAAACAUCUCGCUAAGGAUCUCUAACGUGCAGCUGACUGAUGCUGGAAAGUACCAGUGCAUGACGCUGUGGAGCAAAGCCCCCAGGGAGAUCACAACGGUGGAGCUCUCUGUGGGUGCCGUUUCUGAGCCAAAACUCUCCGUCACCUCAGAGGAGGGUGGAGGCAUGACGCUCCAGUGUGACGCCGUGGGCUGGCUGCCGGAGCCUCGGAUCUACUUUCUGGACGAGCAGGGAAACAACAUCAGUGCCGAAGAAGCAAAAAGAGAUCAAGACACCCGCGGAUGUUACUCUGUGAGGCGAAGAGUGACUCUCCGGGACGUCACCAAAAGGGUCAUCUGCAGAGUUCACCAGCCGGAGAUCAACCAGACCAGGGAGGCGGAGUUUGUCCGGCAAGAAGUUGGAAGUUGUUACUGCGUUCUAACGGCCAUCAUCGCUGUUGGGACUGUUUUACUUCUACUAGCUGUAUGUGGAUUAGCUGUCUUUUUGUGGAAGAAGUGUCAAAAAUCUGCUGGGGAACCAAAUUCGCCAUCAUCGCCGUCAAAUCAAAGUCCAACCUCUGAAAUUGAGUCGCUUCUGCCCGAUGCAAAGGCUGAAAACACGAGAAACGCCACCAUUGAGAAGCUCACAAAGGAGGUGGCUGACCUCAAGUCACAGCUUCGUGAGAAAGACGAUACCAUCCGCCAGCUACGGAACGACAAUGAAGCCCAGCUGACUGCUGUUGUUUGCCAGAAUGACCAGCCAGUGUUUCUCCAAACUCCUGCAGCCACACCCAACAGCAGCCCUCCAACAUCUGCCAACUUCCCCCAGAACAGGAGGCCAAAGCCGGGCUUCUUCCGACAGAUCAGUCACCCGGCACCCGUCAACCCCAUCACCAAAGCCUAUCGUAGACACAGCAGCCCGGGUCGUUUUCACUUAGCAUCAUCGCCCGGUUCCUUUUCAACCAUCGGCCGUUCCGUGAGUGACCCUCGCGAUUGGCCUGAAUCGAUCUCCAAGCUUCAGCAUCGACAUUCCUCAGCGUUUCCAUCAUCAACAAAGUCUAAUAGUCGCUUCCCACUCCUGACAGAUGUGACAGAAGAAUAAGAGAUCUUAAUCGCACAACAUUUUUAACGUUAGGAAUAAAACCAAAAUUGGGUGUCCUAUUUUACAUUCAUACGCUGACGGAAGGGGCUACCAUGCUAGGUGCUACCGGCCAAUCAAGACUCUACCGGCCAAUCAAGACUCUACCGGCCAAUCAAGACUCUACCGGCCAAUCAAGACUAUCGCAUUCACCACUUUUAAAACAGACUGACAAAAAGUACUUUGUCAGAUUUGUAGCUCGCAUGCAGUUUGUUUUUAACCCAAACCGCAAUCUUUUCCUAAAACUUACAAAUUAGUAGGAAAAACAAAAGCAAGAAAAAUAACAAAAUAUCUUUACACAAGAUAUCUUUUGAACGGUUGGAUCAGGGUGCGAUUGCUUUCAGUAUUGAUCCACAUUUUUAUUUAUUUCUCAUUGUUUCACCAGCGGUAGAGCUCACUUCUUGUACAUUUCUUAAGCUAAAGCACAUAAUCUACUUUUUUUAUUUUUAUGUAUUUUUUAUGUAUAUAUGAGUUUUUAAAUGUAUGUA